CAGAUUUUUGCUCCAAGUGCAAUAACUUUUCACCUUUGGUAGUAUUUUUACUUACGGCUCUUUGCUGUUUUCCAACAUAAAUACGGGUUCCGAAUGGCGGCUGUGGCGCAGUCGGGAGCGCGAGAAGCGCUGUCGGCUUAUCCGACGUCGCCAAUCGCAGCUGCCUGCGAUUCGCCGUCGCUCGCUUGUGGCGAUUCGCCAUCGACAACACGAAGUCCACGAUGUGAAGCGUUUGUGAUGACCGGCGACAAAAUACUGAACCUCAAUCAUCAUAUCUCACCCAACUAUGCCAAGGUUGCCCGCGAUCAACUACCCCCGUCUACACAAAUUGCCGAUACACCAAAGCCACGUCCACCACCAACUUUGGCCGAUUUUCCGUCGGUCCGUCGAAGUAUGCGUAGCCGAAUACCGACGUCACGCAGCACUCCGGAAGCGGUUUCCACUCAACGGCAGGUAUCCUGCCCGGAUACAGUAGUGGAAAGCUGUUCGCCUCCUCAGCUCUCUAGUGGUUCACCAUCUAUAGUCUUACCCACUCCGACGGUCGAAGAGAAACCGUCCACAGCCGUUUCAUCAGCUACAACAAGUCCGGAGAAAUCGCCCGAAAAGAUUUCCAAACCUCGCGAUUUCACUCCAAUAGAUGACGAUUCACCAUCGACUGCAACGACGGCGCAGGUUAUGGAGUCGUCAAUGCACUCAUCCUAUUACAAAUCGGCAUUUUCAAAUCCACAAAUUAGCCAUAAGAAGACGAGCAGCACGGAUACAUUCGUUAUCUCAACUGGCGACUCACCCUCUAAACAUUCGACGGUUACGGUAAACGCUAUGAAUUGUGUCCCAUCUGUAUCUACAACAACAAGCCCUAGUCACAGACGAUUGAUGAAUACUAGGAGGCAGCAUGCCAAUGGCAAUGAAGUAUUCGGUUCGUUCCGUUCCGAUGGAACAAUCGGUGCCGAUUCGCAGUGUCCAGUGGAAGAGGAACGAGAAGCGUCUCGAGAAGCAGCAAAACUCUUCAGGCUUGAAGGUUGCACUAAGGCUGAUGUGGCUGAGCGGCUCAAUGAUAGGUCGGAAUUCUCGGCCAUGGUUGCCACCAAAUACCUGGAAUUAUUCAUGUUUUCUAGCCUUCGCAUUGACGCUGCAUUAAGAGAAUUUCUAUCAAGAGUGGAAUUACGCGGUGAUUCAUCGGAACGUGAGCGUUUGCUACGUUUCUUUUCUAUGCGUUAUCAUCAAUGUGAUCCAAGCCUUUUUGAUAGUGUUGAUGAUGUGCACACUCUAACGUGUGCCUUAUUACUGCUGAAUUCUGAUUUACAUGGACAAAACUUGGGAAAAAAGAUGACAAUACGAGAUUUUAUCAACAAUAUCUCACAUACUGGUGUACAUUUCAAACGUGAUCUACUGAAAGCUCUAUACAAUAGCAUCAAAGAGCAUGAAAUUGUGCAUGCCAGCAAAUAUGACAAUCCGCCAGCGUCAAGAAUGUCGUCGAAACGAUCUUUUGUUUCACGUCAGUUGCUCUUGGAGGUUGAUCCUGAAUCACAAGUCGAGUAUAAAUGCGGCUACAUCAUGCGCAAAUGUCUUUAUGAUUCAGACGGUGCAAAAACACCCUUUGGUCGCCGAGGCUGGAAAGAAUGGUAUGCUAGAUUACGUGGUCUUGUGCUCUAUCUUGGCCGAGAUGACAGCGACAAAAAGAGAAGCAGAUACGAGACCUUCAACAAUGCUAUUCUACUUCACCAUGCGUUCGCGGAACCAGCGCCGGACUAUAAAAAGAAGCAGCACAUAUUCCGUCUUAGGACCGCAAAUUUAGGCGAAUAUCUGUUUCAAACCACAAGUGCCUCUGAGGUGGAGGAUUGGGUUAUGCAGAUAAACUUCGCCUGUGCGCGGUUCUCUUCCCGAGCCCUUCCGCCACCCGCGUGCUCGGGUGGUGCAUUCUCGAGGACCCGGUUGCCAAAGCUGCCAAGUUCAGCACCAUUGGCCCAGCAGUUAAAGGCUCACGAGUCUGCCGCCUGUGAACUUCGGGAACAGUUGUCGCUAGUCCGACAGGAAGCUCCGCCACUGAAGGCUAAAGGUCGACCUGUAGAAGAGUUCUUCUUCAAGGAGCGUUAUUUGACGCAAGAAAUUCUCCGUUACGACACCUACUGCCGCCUGUUACGAUCCCGUCUGCCUGGUGGUGGUUGUGAACUUGGCGGUGCACCUUCUGAUUCCACCUCUGGAGUACAUUCCAAAUCCGAUAUCGCUGAUGAUUUGGACAAGAUGAGCUACCGUGAAGCACUAAAUCAUCACUGAUUUUUUUAUUGGCAGUGUGCCAAAUUCCGUUGAUUAUUUAUGAUGUUGGUAUUAGCUAGAUCUUAGGGGCAAGUUUCUGAAUUUUUCUGACACUCUCUCUAUCCGUGGGGUCCUUUGAGUACCCAAACUGAAAUGAGAAGAAGGCCAAUGUUUCUUAUUGAUGCUUAAUUUUAUGUUUUGUGUUUUUCCUGGCCUUCGACUCACUUCACCUGCCAAAUUUGCUGUCUGCCUAUCUGAAUGUGAUGCUCCCCCAUAUAUCCCAUCCAAGCGAUUUUUUGCUGCACGCGGAAACGCGCAGCGUAUCGGACGCGCAGCGCUACGCCACUGCUCGAGAAAUCGAUAUUCCCAACGAUUUCAUUCGCCUUCUUCGGUGACGAUUCUCUUGCGUGGAGAAUUAUCGCUGCGGUGCUUGAGCAAGCGAACGGGUUCUCCACGACAAUCGAUAUAUUGAUCAGUCCAUCGAUUUUACCAAAAUUCAUCGCUAACGCCUUAUACAGUCUGUCGCAUUCAUCAUUUUCCUUCCCCUUAUUUUUUCUUUCGCAGUAUUUCUCCUACUCGUGAAUAUCAUACCAAAUUCGUAUUUGUAUGCUUACGCUUACUUCCAAAUUUGAUCUAUUUAUGGUUAGCAGGCAUAAUCGACAAAGAUGAUUUACUGCUUUUAAACUUCGGGAUUUCUUCUCUUUUCACCCUCCGGCUCUACCCUUUUUUUGGCCAGAUAACCAGUUACAUGUAUAAUACCAGGUGUGUUUUAUUUUUAUGUGCACGUGAUCGACGAAAUGUCUUGCUGGUUUUUGCAGAAUUUCUUUUUGAUUAUGAUAAAUGCUCAAUUUUUAUGUGUU